UGUUUACAGUUUCAAUCUUCAACAACUCUUUCAACAAUUCCAACUUUGGUGGCUUCUCCGUUAUCCCGAUUUUAUGCUCAGUCAACCACUUUUUUUUGAUUGAUAUAUAGGUAGGUGUUUGUGUGUGAGAGUGAAAAGAAGAGAUAUAGAUAGAGUGAGAACAGGACUGAUCCUUUGUUUUCGUUCAUUUUCUUUCAAAGGAUUUUACCUGUAAUGGCUACUCGAAGGAUCACAUCGCUAUUGUCUCGCUCAUUUUUGGCUAAUUCUUCAAUACGUUCAUCAGCAGGCAACAAUUCAAGGUGGGAAAGAAGCAUUUCAAGGUUUAGCAGUAGUGCUGCUACUGAAGAGCCCAUCACUCCAAAUGUUGAAAUAAAACAUACAAAGCUUUUGAUCAAUGGACAAUUUGUCGAUUCUGCAUCUGGAAAAACUUUCCCAACCUUGGAUCCAAGAACAGGAGAAGUUAUUGCAAAUGUUUCUGAAGCUUCGGUGGAGGAUUUGGACCGUGCAGUUGCAGCUGCUCGUAAAGCUUUUGAUGAGGGACCAUGGCCAAAAAUGACAGCAUAUGAACGAUCGAAGAUACUGUACCGUUUUGCCGAUUUGAUCGAGAAGCAUAAUGAUGAAAUUGCAACGCUCGAGACGUGGGACAACGGAAAGCCUUUCGAACAAGCUGCACAAAUCGAAGUACCAAUGGUGGCACGUUUAUUUCGGUACUAUGCUGGUUGGGCUGAUAAGAUUCAUGGUCUAACCGUUCCUGCCGAUGGAGCAUAUCAUGUUCAAACCCUUCACGAGCCAAUAGGUGUUUGCGGGCAGAUUAUUCCAUGGAACUUUCCCCUUCUUAUGUAUGCUUGGAAGAUUGGACCUGCCUUAGCAACUGGAAAUACUGUUGUCAUGAAACCCGCAGAAUUGACACCCUUAUCAGCUCUCUAUGUUUCAAACCUUCUCCAUGAAGCUGGGCUUCCUCCUGGUGUUGUAAAUAUCAUCUCAGGAUUUGGAGCAACCGUUGGUGCAGGUCUUGCCAGUCACAUGGACGUCGACAAGGUUGCAUUCACUGGAUCGACUGCCACUGGGCAGACAAUACUUGAAUUGUCAGCAAAAAGCAAUCUUAAGCAAGCUACUUUGGAGCUUGGAGGGAAAUCUCCAUUUAUUGUAUUCGAUGAUGCUGAUAUUGAUGAAGCUGUUAAUACUGCCCACUUUGCUCUGUUCUUCAACCAAGGACAAUGCUGUUGUGCUGGGUCUCGUACUUUCGUUCACGAACGUGUAUAUGAUGAGUUUGUUGAGAAAUCAAGGGAACUUGCUAAAAAACGUAUUGUUGGUGAUCCUUUUAAGCAGGGGGUUGAACAAGGUCCACAGAUCGAUGUAAAACAAUUCAAGAAGAUUUUAAAAUACAUCAAAUCCGGUGUUGAGGAUGGGGCUAAUCUUGAAACUGGUGGAGAGAGACUUGGCAGCAAGGGCUACUACAUUAAGCCUACAGUUUUCUCUGAUGUUAAGGAUGACAUGUUGAUCGCGAAGGAUGAGAUUUUUGGCCCUGUGCAGUCGAUUUUGAAAUUCAAGGACAUAAAUGAGGUAAUACAAAGAGCCAACAAUAGUCGAUACGGUUUAGCUGCAGGAGUUUUCACGAAAAACAUAGACACCGCAAAUACGAUGAUGCGAGCAUUGAGAGUCGGAUCAGUAUGGAUCAAUUGCUUCGACGUGUUUGAUGCAACUAUUCCUUUUGGUGGAUACAAAAUGAGUGGUCAUGGCAGAGAAAAGGGUAUCUACAGUCUUUCCAACUACUUACAAGUGAAAGCUGUUGUUACUCCCUUGAAGAAUCCAGCUUGGCUAUAAAUCAAAUCCUGAAAACAUCCUGUAAUGAACAAUAUUAUUAGCUCAAAAUUAUUUCUUUUCCUACUUUAUGCGUGGUUCCAAAUCUUGAUUGAGCCAACACCCGACUGAUGUGAAUUUGAUUAGAGAUGUUGUGACAGAUAUAUACGCGUUAAAAAAGAUUCUGUUUUCUUUCACA